CACCUGAUCACUGACAGGCUUUGGCCAAAACAGUUGCGGUGUGUUUUUCCUCCGCAGGACACGGAGGCACCCACUGUCCGGCUCUUGCCAGCACUGUUCAGUAGUGAUAAGUUUUGUUAGAAGAUUGCUUUCGACUGUGGCUACAAUGACAGGUUGCUGCGCUUGAAGUGAACCAUGUCAGAGCAAGAGAUAAAGACAAAAAGUCAGAAGGACACUGAAGAGGUGAAUGAAGAGGUACCAGCUCCUACUCCUUUCAGCGAAGACACUGCAGUGUGCAUUGUUUCUGUGAAAAGCUUAAAGGAGAACUGGCAGAAGUGGUCUGAUGAUCACCAGGAGUACCAGAAGAACAAUCCCUUCAGUCAAGAGACCAGGCCCAGUGUAGUGGUCCCUCAGAGGGGACAGGACGACUAUGGGAGACCUAUGCAGGGCUCCAUGACGGAGCAGCGGGGGAGGGAUGCCCACACACACGUCAGCAGAGAGGUUCAGGAGCUGUGUGAGGUGAUAAGGAACAUUGGAGAGCCAAGAAACAGGGAUGACGGUGGAGGCAGCAGGGAUGGGAGUGUCAUUGCUGUAGAGUUUGGGAAACUGUUUGAGCAUUAUGUGACUAUUUCAAAUAAAUUGGUGGGGAUCCUUCUACGAGCAAGGAAGCAGAGGUUGGUUCAUUUUGAGGGUGAGAUGCUAUGGCAGGGGAAGGAUGACAAUGUCAUGAUCACUCUGAUGACUUGAUGUAUCUCCAGUUGCUGUUGAAAAUGGCUUUUUCUCGCUUACAACGAAAAACCUCAUAAUUCACACCACCCUACAAGCCCAUAAGCAAUGCAUUUUAGGUGUGCAAACGUGAAGUACUGAAUCUAGUGUCCAGGUAUAUGCAUAAGAUGAAGUUGUGAAGUUGGCAAAAACAGCACAUUUUCUUGAACUGAUCGUUUCCAUCUACUAGAUUGCAUUCAAUGUUUUAAUGUGGGGGAAGUGUAGGAGUGUGUGGCUGAAAUGAAGACAGAGUUGUUAAUGAGAGUGAGCCAAAGCCAAAGAGAACAUGAGGCUACAUGUGACAGACAAUAUGGUGCUAAAGGAUGAACUUGAUCCCACCUUGCUGUGGUACAGUGUAUAUGUAUUACCAGUGUGCUUGUAGUUUGGGAGAUUGUUAGAGGUUGAAAUGUAGAAUAUAAAUCACACUGAUGCAUAA